AGUGGGUCUUAAGUUGUUUCCUGAAAGUGUCUAUGCAAUGUAGAGAUCGAAUGGUGCAAGGUAAGUCAUUCCAUAGUCGAGGCGCUACAGCUUUAAAAGAUCUGUCUCCACGAGUCUUAAAAAAGGUCAGAGGAACCGUCAACAAGUUCAGAUUCGACGACCUGAGGCUCCUAGUCGAAACAUAAGGCUGUAUGAGGUUCUUAAUGUAGUGUGCAAUCAAUAGGGACCUGGAACCCUUUGCUUGACGUUGAUAAUCGGGUGACUAGGUUGGAUGCCAUGUGUUAAGCUGAAUAAUAUUUAUAUCCGAGCGCAGAAUCUCCGUUAAGUUCCUGCUUUUUAACAGGCUGAUUGGCGGCAGAAGGACAGGCUCUAAUUACUCACAUUUUGUUUCACUGUAUUUUAGCCUUAAAAAUAUAUUUCUCUAAUUCUUUUACCUCAUGCAGUUUGUCUAAUCUGAUUCAUUGGCUGUAGUCCUCAAAACAAUCACCACACAAAAAAUGUGUGUGUUCUCAGGAUCCCACGAUCGAGCGGUCCUCCUGUACGAAUACGUUGGGAAGAAGACGGUGGAUUUACAACACACAGAGGUUCCAGAUGCUUACAGAGGGAGAGGAAUUGCCAAACACCUGGCCAAGGCAGCCAUGGAUUUUGUGGUGGAGGAGGACCUGAAAGCUCACUUGACCUGCUGGUACAUCCAGAAAUACGUCAAAGAGAACCCUCAGCCUCAGUACUUUGAACACAUCCAUCAAUGACUCAACAGGUCAAGCAAAAGGACUUGAACACAGAGACUGUGUGCAGUAAGUUUUAGGCAGGAGGUUUCCAGGAUGCAAGGAGAGAAACCUCUGAAGCACUGCUAAACGCAAAACCGAGUGAACGCAGGCGAUCUCAAACCAGAGCUGUAGCGUCGGGCGGACGCGAACUGCUGGAGGAAAUCGUGCGGAGACAAAGCAGCCCAAAAGGUGGUGGCUUGUCCUUCCAGGACGUCGCCCCACCACUGACUUGAAGCAAACGUUGGUUACAACAAAUCAAUGUCCUCCUUUGAACUACGAGAUCAGACCGACUUUGUGUCUUUUUCCAGUAUUCAGAUGAAGAGAAACUGUCACCGUUACGCUUAUAAUGUUUGAAAAUCGUGCUACUUUUAAUAUUUUCCAAUAUUACUCCUUUUUUUUUUUACUUAGUACAUUAAAGUAGUGCUACUACUGAAGAGUCUUGGAUGAAAAGACAUUUUUAAAACCCGGCUAUGAUUUCUUUGACAGAAGAGGAUGCGUUAGUGGUUGAUAUGUUGAGGAUUUUUAAUUGCUUUAUUCCCCUUUCUCUUUAUUAUUGUUAUUUUUUUAAACACUCGGUUUCAGUACAAGAGUGGAAACUGAGCAAAUCCAUUCUGACUGUGAUGAACUUGAGGUUAGAGACACUGCUACUAGUUAACACUUCAGCGCUGAUAUCUAUAUUUACUUCAGCUCAAACCAGCAUCAGUAGCGACACUCUUUAGAUUCAGGGCAUUUUUAUUUCUUAAAGUGUGUUAAUUCUUACUCUCCAGUUCAGGAAAAUUAGUUUUCUCUUCUCACCACAGGAAAAAAAAAAACAACAAAAAAAACCUGAGAAUUUGAGAUUUUGCUGUAGACAAUCGUCAGUGUUGAGGAGACAAAUACCUCAGGCUAACUCGACACACUCCAAAACACUUUCUACUGACAACUGCAAUAAAAUCCCUUUUUGUAUAACUUUCAUUUGGUGGCGUAAGGCUGUAAACUGGCCAAGGCAUUAUUUUUUUUUUUGUCUUUUUUAUGUGGGUUUCUUUGGGUAUUUUUGUAAUAUUUGUUUUGUACUGUUAAAACAAUGUCUGAUAUGUGUUCUGAGCAGGUGGCUCGAUCUAACAGAUAUGUCCAAAUGUUCUUGUUACGCUGUUUUAUACUUGAUAUUGUUUUCUCUCUACUUGUUCUGAAUAAAUGACUCAUCUACUCAU